GAGCCGGGCUCCCUCCCGGACUGGCACAUGCUGUCCCUGUUCGGCCUCGGGGCGGUGCUCAUGCGCGGAGCCGGCUGCACCAUCAACGACAUGUGGGAUCGCGACUAUGACAGAAAGGUUGUGAGGACGGCGAGUAGACCCCUGGCAGCUGGAGAUAUCUCCACUUUCCAGUCCUUUGUUUUUCUUGGUGGACAGCUAAGCUUGGCGCUUUGUGUGCUUCUGUGUCUGAAUUACUAUAGUAUCGUUCUGGGAGCAGCCUCUUUGUCUCUUGUGGUCACCUACCCUCUGAUGAAGAGGAUAACAUAUUGGCCACAGUUAGUUUUGGGACUUACAUUUAACUGGGGAGCCCUUCUUGGCUGGUCUGCCAUCAGAGGGUCAUGUGAGUGGUCUGCGUGCUUGCCCUUGUACUUAGCUGGAGUAAUGUGGACUCUGGUAUAUGAUACCAUUUAUGCACACCAGGAUAAGAGGGAUGACAUCAUGAUCGGUGUGAAGUCAACAGCAUUGCAGUUCAAGGAGGAUACGAAGCAGUGGCUCAGUGGCUUCAGCCUUGCAAUGCUGCUGAGCUUGUGCAUGGCAGGAAUGAAUUGUAACCAGACAUUCCCGUAUUACUCAGCUGUGGCUGCCGUAGGGGCUCACCUAGCACACCAG